UCAGUUCGGCGCUCAGCGCUCGCAGUAGCUGACGGGCCGGGCGAGAGGGAUGUGCUGCCAAAGUGAGCGCAGGACUCCGGGGCGGCACUGAACAGCACCGCUUUAACAUUUAACAUCUUUCAGUUUUCGCCCCUUUUCUUUCACCAGGGGCAAUCUUAGGCAUUGACGCCGCCACGCUGAAUUUGCAGCAUAGAAGAUGCUGACCGCAAUACUUUUGUCAUUAAUUUAAUUUUUUUUCUUAUUUUCUUCUUCUUGUCCACGAAAUUAUAUUUUUUCGCGAGGAAUGUCGAAACGCAACCUGGAAUAAACUUUGCCAAUAUGUCUCCCUGGAUUAUGACCGGCGCACGUGAGGCUUAUGGAAUAUAGCCAGACAUUCAGCCAUCUGCAUGCGAUUCCAUUCAUCCCCGUGAAAAAGAAACUCUUACUGCUGGGCAUCAUGCUUUUAUUGUGGGUCUACAUGUUAUAUUCCUGCGUGGGUUAUUGCGCCACUGUGCCAAGUGUAAUAGACUCUUACCGGCUAAGGGAGACGGAACCCGCUAGUAGAAGGACAGAGAGCGCCAGGGUGGACCUGGUGUCCAAGCUGAUACCCAAAACCCAAAGCUGGGUAGACCUGGAAUCCGAUUACGACGAGCCGUCAGUGAGGACGCCCUCCAGAGACUUGCUAGAUAACGAAGUGGACUCGGACAGAGCCGAAGACUGGGACGAAAUGAGGGACGAGCAGAGGGCCCCCGAGGCGAGUGCCAUGUCAAGCUUCUCCAACGGGUCUGGCAGCAAAAAGCUGCCCCAAGCGAUCAUCAUCGGGGUGAAGAAGGGAGGUACGCGGGCGCUGCUGGAGUUUCUGCGGGUGCAUCCCGACAUCAGGGCGGUGGGAGCGGAGCCGCACUUCUUCGACCGCCACUACGACAAGGGACUCGACUGGUACAGAGAGCUGAUGCCCAGGACCCUGGAGGGCCAGAUCACCAUGGAGAAGACGCCCAGCUACUUCGUGACGCGGGAGGCUCCGUCCCGCAUCUAUGCCAUGUCCCGGGACACCAAGCUGAUCGUGGUGGUGCGGGACCCCGUCACCCCGGGCCGUGUCGACUACACGCAGACGCUGUCCAAAAAGCCCGACAUCCCCACCUUUGAGAGCCUGACCUUCCGGAACCGCAGCGCGGGCCUCAUCGACACCCUCUGGAGCGCCGUGCAGAUCGGCAUCUAUGCCAAGCACCUGGACAACUGGCUGCGCUUCUUCCCAUUGAGGCAGAUGCUGUUCGUGAGCGGCGAGCGGCUGAUCAGCGACCCCGCCGGCGAGCUGGCCCGCGUGCAGGACUUCCUGGGCCUCAAGCGCAUCGUCACCGAUAAGCACUUCUACUUCAACCAGACCAAGGGCUUCCCCUGCCUGAAGAAGGCCGAGGGCAGCAGCAAGCCGCACUGCCUGGGCAAGACCAAGGGCCGGACCCACCCCGACAUCCAGCCACAAGUGCUGCAGCGGCUCCGCCAGUUUUACCGUCCCUUCAACAUGAAGUUCUACCAGAUGACUGGCCACAACUUUGGCUGGAACUGACAAAGCAAAAACGUUACUACAGGACACCAUGCUUGAAUCAUUUUUUUCUCUGUAAUUCUGGCAAAGAUGUGGAGAUAUUGCUAUAUAUAUGUAAAAUGUACAGAAAUCUAUUUUAUAAUAAUUUAUUUUUAAUUUCUAAGCAAUUAAUUCACUAAGCUGCCUAACCUGAAUUCGCCCCUUGCAUUUGGUCCAUGUUUUGCGUCGUUUUAACAUUCCACAUCUCCUCUUUUCCACAUCUCCUCUUUUUCAGCUUUUUUUGUCGUUCUCUUCCGCUCUUUCCGUUUCUCUCUCUUGCCAUCCAGUCAUUUAAACUCGUUAAUGGUGCUUUCAGUCGCGGCUGAAGCCGUUUGUGUCCGAGCCGUCGGAAAUUCGCAAACGAGGCGGACACACAAAGCAGCUCUGUGCCGCGCCUACCGGCCGCUCGCCGGCGACCUUCAAUCCGCCACGUCUGUGGGUUUCACUUCCUUUCUUUCUCCUUUUCCCCGUCAUCUUGAGUCCGGCAGGUGGUCUUUUUCUGUAUUGGUCUAUGUUUAGAGCAGCCAGGCUGAACGUUCCGGGCUCUACGCGAAUAGCCCUCCGUGGUUACAGGUAGCCUAGCAUUCAGGAACAGUUACCUCAGCUGAUGCAUUACUGCUGACCCCCUGGACCCUCUCACUUAAUAAGCACCGAUCAAUGGGCUAAUUGCUCCCGUUCGUGUUGUCCCCGGUUUAAAGAAUAGCCCUGCUCUCCUCCAACGGUCACGUGGUAGACCCUUACGGUGAAUGCACUAUUGAUUAGCAGCUAAAUCGCAUUGGGGGUCACACAGGGUGACGUCACCCUGCUCAUGACCGAUCAAUCCUGACCCCGUGGCCUGGUCUCGUCAGAGAACCCGGCCCACGUUUCCGGUUCCUGCCGAGGUUGCCGGCGGGGUCAGAGGAAAAGCCAACCAGAUUCCCAAGAGAAUAUGUUGAGGUUGCUUAUGUUUUCAUUCAUCUAUCAAGACCCCACCCCCCCCCCCACCUCACAGGCUCUGUUGAAUGUCGGAGGAGUGGUUUAUCCAAGAGUGAGGGAGCCUCCCCUGGACAGACGCGACUCCGAUCUUCUCAGAUCUGCCUUUCCUCCUCUUUUUUCACUUUCGGCAUCUUUCGUCUUUGUUACUUGAAUACUGUGUAUGCAUGUGAGAGAGGGGAGUCCGUGAAUGUCGGGGAUCACCAACGGCCGCCUUGCCCACGUGACGGUGGCGUGUUGCCCAUGGGCCUCUGAACACACUUUGGCCUCCCCUCUCUCCUGUGGGAAGGACCCCGAGGUUCUGGGAGCAGAUUAAGGUACUUCGUAAAGACUUUGUUUCAGUCCAAUCUGUAACUGAGUACAAAAAAUAGAUUUAAGAGUAUCAAUGAAGGGAACAGGUUCAAAUGCGAAAGGCUGGCCUGCUUCAGUGCUGAUGUUAGCUGAUGUUUUUCCUCACUUUCAAAAGUGAUUCGCCAUCUAAGGGGCCCUCAAGCACCUGUGAGAUUCAGGCUCGUAAGCCGCUGUAAUGUCCUGGCUGUUGCUGAACAGGAGUUGAUCCUAACUUUAUUUUUAAUUACUAAACAAAAAACACAUAAGCCCCACCUCCCCUCCCCCCCACAAAUCUGUGAUUACACAGUCCAUAUCACCAUUAAUUUAUGGUUGAGUUUUAUUCAACCCAUUAAAAAAAACAAAAUUUAGUGCUGUUUCUCACCCAUAUAAUAUAGCAUUUAGAUUAGCCCAUUUGUAUGUAAAAAAGGAAAAGGAUGUAAAUCAAGUAUUUUGUGGUAUGUACAUCAAAAUUAAUUUUACACAAUGAACUGCAAAAAGGAACAGAAAUUUCUAGAUAAAUACUGAACAUUCAUGCUAUUUCUUUGUAUGAAGAAAUCAAUAAAAUAUUUAUUUUACCAGA